GGCGGCCCUGGCUCUGAUGAUCCCCGCGCGCGGGGGCACCGCACUGCGCGCCUUGGGAGACCUGCUCCUCUCGGACUUCUGGAGUUCAGCACUAGACACUGUUAGCAGGUGUCUUACAAAACAUCAGGAGCAACUGAAGGCCCCGGUGGGGUCUCUCUCUGGAGCCCUGGGAAGGCUGCAUCUGACUGAGUCAGCGGUGGCCCCUGGCUCUGCGCCGGCAGACGCGGUGGCCCCCGGAGCCUGCCAGCUCAAGUGUGUGUGCUACGGCCUCGGCAGCUUUGCCACGUGCGUCGUAGCGAGAAACCAGCUAGCGUUUUUGCUCCUCCUCCUGGAAAAGUGCCAGAUUCCCAGAAGCCACUGCUGGGUGUAUGACCCUCUGUUCAGCCCACUUGAAACUGCAGUUCUGAACCGCCUCGGUGUGGCUGUUCUGAGCGAGAACGAGGAAGGAAAGCGGAGCGUCGCUGGCGAGCCCACCCUCUUCUACAUGGUGCACUGUGGGACGGCCCUGUACAACAACCUCUUGUGGAGGAACUGGUCUGUGGACGCGCUUUCCAAGAUGCUCAUCAUCGGGAACAGCUUCACGGGGCUGCAGGAAAGGUUGUUGACAAGGACCCUGCAGAAGAGCUACUCCUACAUUGCGAAGGUCCUGAAGGGACUGGAGGAGCUGGAGUUCGCCCAGACUGCCCAGUACAUGGACACCUUUAACGACACUUCUGUCCACUGGUUCCCUGUGCAGAAGCUACAGCAGCUCUCCACGGAGGUCUGGACGUUUCGGGAAGAACCCGAGUAUCAGGACUGUGAGGACCUGGAGAUCAUCAGGAAGGAGAGACAGAAGAGCCCGCAGCCCCUGAGCUGA